AUGUUGUGGCGCGCAAGUGUGCCGCUCAUCCGCCACGCCAUGGCCACCACCCGUGCUCCUGUGCCGAUGAUGCUCCGCCAGACACCUGUGGUGCCGCGCAUGAUGAUGCCGGAGCCGUUUGUGCCGCCAAUGGCACGUGGUAUGAAGGUGCGCUCGUCGGUCAAGCGUCUCUGCAACUACUGCUCGAUUGUGCGCCGCAAGGGCCGUUUGUAUGUGAUUUGCAGCAAGAAUGCCAAGCACAAGCAGCGCCAAGGAUGA